AUGACGGAAGAAGUUGAUGCUCGUCUCAGUGCAGAGAUAACUAGGCACCAUGAAACUUUGAAGAAAGAAUUCGCCCAAUACUUCCCUGACAUUGAAGAAAUGAACCUAGGAUUGACCCUGGAGAUGAAAUUUGACUCUGGAGUAAAGGAGCUGUACAAGAAGUUUUCUGUGCAGAUAUUCUGGGCCCAAGUCAUUGACUUCUAUUCGAAGAUUGGAAAACUUGCUUUGAAAUCACUUCUCCCUUUCAGCUCGAUAUACUUGUGCGAGUCGGGCUUUUCUACAUUAAAAAAAAAACUGGAACGUCGAGUUGAUGCUCUUUGCACUAUCCACAACUGCUCCCGAAUCGACAUGCUUGUUAGAAAGAAGCAGGCACAAUCGUCUCCUAUCUGA